UCUUGUCACAUUAGCCAGGUAAACAUUUGCAUAUAGUUGCUAGUUUGGGUGACCGUUGAAACUUAGCAGUCCUGGAGAAAUUCACCAUGGAGGAAACCAAAGAAGAUAAUCUCAAGCAUCCAUCAUCUGUUUUUGGAAACAUGGUUUCGGGACUUUCGUUUUCAAAGAAUGAUCUGAAAAAUUGGUCUAAAAGGGAGUACAUUUUAUUGGGAGUUUUGGCAGGUACAUUUUUCAUCAUGAUUGUUCUGGCUGGUGUUCUAGGAGCUAAGAAGUCGUAUUCACCCCCCGAUACAUGUACUUCGUAUCAAUGUCUUGAGUCAGCAGCUUAUGUGAGGUACACAAUGAACACAACAUUUGACCCCUGUAACGAUUUCUACCAAUACGCCUGUGGUGCUUACGCUUCUACCCGCCCAUUAACCCCCGGUAGAACCUCGAGAACCACAAUGGGGGAUUUGUAUUACAAGAAUCAAGAAAGGUUAAAAAAUUUAAUGGAAGCUCCCUAUAACCGAGAUGCAGAAUGGUCAUCUGAACGAAAGCUAAAGGACCUUUUCAGAUCCUGUAUCAAUGAUUAUAAAACUGAACAACUACUAGGACAACCGUUCAUACAGAAGAUUUUACCUAAAAUGCAAGGUUGGUAUGUAUUGGACACAUGGGAACAGAAUACCUUUGACUUGAAUGCUGCUCUUAAGAUCGUUCAAACCGAUUUAUGGGUGGCUGCAUUUUGGACAAACAGUGUCGGCAUGGAUAUAGAUAUGAAAACCAACAUUGUUCAGCUACAUCCUGCGGGGGCUAGUAAAUUCUUAAGAUGGAGCCAAUACAUCACACCAGGCAAUCAACGGUAUUUAAAUGACUAUAAGAAGUUUAUGAGAAGAUUGGCAAAUCUCAUUAUUAGAGAUUAUAAACCGAUUAUAACUGACAAAGAUAUCAGAAUUGAGCAAUUUGUAAACGAUGCUUUUACUAUGGAGACAAAACUAGCCCAAUUGUAUAAUGAUAGCAAGGUAACAAACGAUAGAUAUUCUGAAGAAAGUAAAAUAGUUUUAGAUGACUUAAAUGCACAAACAGGCACUGUGAUUGACUGGGCGGCACAGAUGAAGUACGAAUUUAAAAGUAUAACUGGUGCUUCUAAAGUUAUACUUUAUAAGAAAGAAUUUAUUUAUGGCUUAAGCAAUCUGAUUACCAAUCUACCCUCGGCAGAUAAAACAAGGGUAUUACACAAUUACAUGGUAUGGAGACUCUUAGAACGAUACGCCCCAGAGUUAUCUUGGGAAUAUGUCCAUGCCAACAGAGAGUAUUAUGUUGAUGUAUUUGGUGUUGAACAGUUCUCGGGAAAAUGGAAUUAUUGUUUUGGUUACGUUAACAGAAUGAUGCCAGAGGCAAUGGGUUCUUUAUUUGUUCGCGAUCAUUUUCCAACGGAGAACAAACAGAAGGCAGUUGAAAUAACGACUUACUUGAGAAGUGCAGUAAUUGAUGAAUUGAAUGCAAAUACUUGGAUGAAUUCUGAUACUAAAAAGAUAGCCAUCCAAAAGAUAACUAAACUAAUAUAUAAGAUAGGAUUUCCUGCUUUUAUGCUUGAUGGUGACCAGUUGGAUAAAAUAUAUAAAGAGCUGGCAAUAAAUAAAACAGAUUAUUUCCAAAACAUUCUGAACAUCAACCAAUUCCAGAAAGUUUAUUAUGAGAAUCAACUAGAAGGUGGUGUUGACCGAACUAGGUGGAUAUUUAAAACAUUUGAUACAAAUAUGGCUCUACUUUAUUAUUGGAAUGAAAUUAUUGUACCUGCUGGUUUUCUCCAGUCUCCCCUCUACGAUUACCAUAUGCCACAUUAUAUGAAUUUUGGUUCUAUGGGUAGUUUAAUUGGAAAGUAUUUAACAUUCUCCAUUGAUCAAUAUGGUUCCAAAUGGACCGCGGAAGGUACACGUACAGCCAGUUGGUGGUCAAAUGGAACCUAUACAGCUUAUCAAAAAGUCAAGAAGUGUGUUGUAAAUUACUACAGUAAUAGAACACAGGGACCAUUCCAAACACUAGAUGGGGAUAGCAAAAUGAUACCUAUUAAUGCGGAGUUAAAUGUAGACAGAUCUAUAGCCAUUACAACUGGAGUUAAAUUGGCCUUACGGGCUUAUGAGAAAUGGGAGCACGAUCACGGUGUUGAAAAAGCAGCUCCAAGCUUGGGUCUAUCGAACGAACAGAUGUUCUAUAUUGCGCAUGCCCAGAGUCGGUGUUUUAACAGAAAUAAUAACCAGCGAUAUUACAACGCCCUUAAUGGUUUGGUAGAAUAUGACACCCAGACAAAUCUAGCCCUUAGUCAGAUACCAGAGUUUCAACAAGCCUUCAAAUGUAAAGCUGGUUCCAAGAUGGUGGCAGCAAGUAAAUGUGCUUAUUAUUAAAGUUAAUUAAAGGCACAUUUCAUAUUAUUUAUGCAUGUAAAAUUUUGUAUUAAGCAUAAGGCUAAAUGUUUAUUCAUUCAGAUCGACACAUCUAUUUAUAUAUAAACAUAAUAUAUAAAAUAGACCUCUAUAAAUCUUAUAAAUACCAUUUUCACUUAAAAUCUCAGAAUAAAACAUAACCACUUUUUUAUGUAUGGCGGUUGACAAAUUUUGUGAUUAUGUAUUGUCUUAAACUCUACGUGUAACGUUUAUUCUGGUAUGUUGGAGCCAUAAUGAUAUUUGUGAAUUUAAUAAUAUCGAUUUUUGCUAUAUACAUUUAUAUAUACUAACCUGUUGUAAAAAUAAAACACACUUAUAUGGAUAUACUACUUCUGAGUUUAUUAACAUGCUACGUUUCGAUACACAUACAG